AAAAAAAAGGGCAAAAAAAAACCCCACUAGCAAUUUAUAGCCAGCAGACGCUGUAGUGUGUGUGGCUCUCCAGCACCAACAGAUAUUUUGAUGGCAUGACAAGUCAGAAAGAAGAAAAGAGGAUGUACUGUAUGACUAGACACAAGAUCUGUUCUGUUUGUGGAUUACAUUUGCAGUAAGAUGUAUGGAUCUAUUUUUUCCUUGUUCUUAUAUAUAGAUCAUAAGACUUGACUGUGGCAAUAUCCAUAUCAUCCAUCCAUCUAUGGCGAACUACAGCCAUGCAGCUGACAACAUUUUACAAAAUCUCUCUCCUUUAACAGCCUUUCUGAAACUGACUUCACUUGGUUUCAUAAUAGGAGUCAGUGUGGUGGGUAACCUUCUGAUCUCCAUUUUGCUAGUCAAAGAUAAGACCUUGCAUAGAGCUCCUUACUACUUCCUGUUGGAUCUUUGCUGCUCAGACAUCCUCAGAUCUGCUAUUUGUUUCCCGUUUGUUUUCACCUCUGUAAAAAAUGGUUCUACUUGGACGUAUGGGACUCUUACUUGCAAAGUGAUUGCCUUUUUGGGGGUUUUAUCCUGCUUCCACACUGCUUUCAUGCUGUUCUGCAUCAGUGUCACCAGGUACUUAGCUAUUGCCCACCACCGGUUUUAUACAAAAAGGCUGACCUUCUGGACUUGUUUGGCAGUUAUCUGUAUGGUGUGGACCCUUUCUGUAGCUAUGGCUUUCCCCCCAGUUUUAGACGUGGGCACCUACUCAUUCAUUAGGGAGGAAGACCAAUGCACCUUUCAGCAUCGUUCUUUCAGGGCCAAUGAUUCUUUGGGAUUUAUGCUUCUUCUUGCCCUUAUACUCCUAGCCACACAGCUUGUCUACCUCAAGCUGAUAUUUUUCGUUCAUGAUCGCAGGAAAAUGAAGCCAGUCCAGUUCGUUGCUGCGGUGAGCCAGAACUGGACUUUUCAUGGCCCUGGAGCCAGUGGUCAAGCAGCAGCUAAUUGGCUGGCUGGAUUUGGAAGGGGUCCCACGCCACCAACCUUGCUGGGAAUCAGGCAAAAUGCAAAUACCACCAGCAGGAGAAGGCUACUGGUCUUAGAUGAGUUCAAAAUGGAAAAGCGAAUCAGCAGAAUGUUUUACAUUAUGACAUUCCUCUUUCUGACCUUGUGGGGUCCCUAUUUGGUAGCCUGUUACUGGAGAGUUUUUGCAAGAGGGCCUGUCGUACCAGGGGGAUUUCUAACAGCCGCUGUCUGGAUGAGUUUUGCCCAGGCUGGAAUCAAUCCUUUUGUCUGCAUUUUCUCCAACAGGGAGCUGAGGCGCUGUUUCAGUACAACCCUUCUUUACUGCAGAAAAUCCAGGUUACCAAGGGAACCUUACUGUGUUAUAUGAGGGAGCAUCUGUAAAUCUUUAGCCUUGUAAAACACUACCCUUUCUCUGCUAAGCAAUUGUGGCCUGUAGCCAUGUCUUGAGAAGAAAAUCAAGAAUGGGAAGUCAGCAGCUGUAAGGAUUUGGGCAACAUUCUGCAGUCUUUGCAAUAGCUCACCUAUAAUCCUAUCUGAAACCCAAAUGUGUUCCUGCUGAUCACGGGUGAAGGUUUGUAAUUAAGAACAAAGGACUGAACCACUGCCCUGAAUUCCUUUAUGUGGUUGAAAUCUAGAUAAGGAUUGCAGAUGCUAAGUAUCAGUGCUAAAUGCUGUGAAUAUCACUACAUAAAAUAAGACCAUCAAAACGAUUAGCAUUGGACAUCUUAAUAAGUUAAGUUGACAUGAGGUUAAUGUGUGGAUAAAACUAAUUUUAGACAUCUGAAGACGUUUAAAACAUUUCAUACAAUUAUUGUUUUGCAAAGACUGAAAAUUGGGGACUCGUAAGUACCGUAACUAAUUAAAGAUGUGCCAUGCAUUAUUGGAUUAUCACACUGAUAAAUCUGUUUGCCUUGUGAGUGAAUUUUGGGGAGCAUUCCAAAGCAGUAUUUUUGUUCAAAUUAGACUUUACUCUUUUUUUCCAAAUAUAUUACUCUUUCUAAAUACCAUUUCCUUAACAGUGAAAUUACUAGCAGUCAACUGUAUUCUGUGGUUUUUGCUGAUUUGGUAUAAAGUUUAUUGGACUCUUAUUUAUAUUUUUGAAAAAGCUAGAUAUCAGUCUGUUAGGCAACGUUAGCCUAGGUAAUACCCAGUCAUAAUGGAAUGGUCAUAAUUAUACAGAAUAAACACAUGUUGCCUUAAAGGGUUAUCUAGUAUCUUCCAUUUUGUUUAGCAAUGAAGCAAAUAAGCAAGGAAAAUUGAAUCAGUAACUCUGGUCAGUCAUUUGGGAGUGCAUGAAAGAUCACAUAAUCCUCUCUUUCCUUUUUACUGCUAUGGUUCCCAAAAUCGGUAUGCACAUCACUGGGAUGAUAUGAUAUUUUUCUAGGUGUGCUGCCCAUUCUAGUUUGCUCUGAGAAACACUGGCAGUUGAUGUAUGUUUAUAUUUUAAGACAGCUGUCAUAGGGAGACCGCAGCCUUGGUAUGAUAUCUUGCACAAUUUGUGAAGCAUUUAUUCUACUGAAGGCACAGUCUUGUUUAUACUUUCUGCACAUUUUGGUGUAUUGGUUGUUUUAAAUUAUUUAAGUUUUAACUUGUGGAAGCAUAUAAUAUGAUUUCUAGUAUUUUAGAAAUACAUUAGAGUCUGUGAGUCUUUCCUUCUUUAAGGUACAGAUGUGUGGAUUUCAAUAUAAAGUUGCAUUUGCCAAAAUUUACCUGUGUAGUCUGUUAAUUUUCUUGGAAUAAAAUUUUACAUUUUUUCCAGUUUUA